ACGGCAGAGCUCUGCAAUACCGACUCAUAUUGAAACGUAGAGAUUAUUAUUUCUAUCGCCAUUUGCGUGUGUGCUGCUCGAAAUAAAACCUUUUUAACCGGUGAAAAUAAGCAUUUUUGGAAAUAAUUUAUUGCUACGGUGUUGCCUUAAAAGUGCAUAGAUCUAUCCGAGCUACGCAAAACCAGGAGAAAACAUAGUGAGGGAUGUUUAAUUCAUAAUCAGCUUUGUGUUUUUUCUACGACGUUCUCUUCAUCAAGAGGUUACGCUUCGAUGUGCUGUCGCAUUUUUUCUACCUUCGUUCACUACGUUGUCGCUGCAGUGUCGGUAAUUUUAAUUUCUUAGGCAGCCGAGAAAGUAACAACUCAAGUGCAAAAUAAGAAAAAUGUGCUUCUGAAGAAAUAUUAAGCAUUUACCGCAGUGUUUGUAGCUGGGAUAUCAAAUACUAUUAGUAUUAAUUCGAUCAAAGUCCCUCUUGAAUGAAUUUUAAAUGAGUUAACCAUUGUUAAAAUGCAUGAUACAAUAGUAUAAUUGCACAAUAUUGGGCGAAGUUAUUUUUAUAUGUAAAAGCGACCAUGGAUACGUCAGCAGGAUCAGCUGGAAUGAGUGCUUCGAUCUGUAUUAAGAAGGAGCCGAAUGCUGGUGAAGAAUCGAAGCAAACGGAACAACCCGCUGGUCCCGAAGCACGCAUCGUUCGUAAAGUUACGGCUUUGGAUCCGUUGAAGUUGAAGCUACUAAAUCAGGAUACUAAGAAUCGGUUAUUAACCGGAUUAUUAGCAGAAAAAGCAAAAGUGAAGCCUCCUGCUCCUACCACCUCAUCGUUGACUUCGAACUCGACCAGUUCGAUGACCGCUCCAACAUCCAUCGCAAGUUUAAAGAAUGAAGCUGCAUCGUGGGAUGUUGCAAAUACCAAAACAAGUCCGAAAACCGAAAACAGAGCCACUUCUGCUAUUUCUGCUUCUGCACCAAGCUUGUUCCGACGAAAGAAGGUGGUGCCUGUCGCAAUUGCGAAGAAAAUCGCUCGAGAGGAAAAAUCACGCUAUUUGGUGAAUAAUUCGCUGCGUGAAGCAGUUGAAAAAACGGAAAAAGAAGAAAGACCUCAACAGUUAGAAUCCAGUAAAGAAACCGUGCUCACGCCAGCAAGCCCAGUGCUUACAGAAAUUGGGGGGAAAAAUACCGUUGAAUUGGAAAAACGCCCAACAGCAUUUCGAAGAAUUAAACCAAAGGUUUCCAUAAACAUCACUCAAAGUCGUCCAAAAAAAUCGAUUCUGAAAAAAACAAGCGCAAAUGAAACGAAACAAAUCGCCGUUACCUUGAGUGAAAAAGCAGAGGAGGAAAAUCGUAGAAUUGAGGAAGGACGGAACGACGAAUCGACAAAAGAAGACCAACAGCCAAAUGUAGAAAUUGCUGUCCAGAUUGAUCAUCGUUCUACACCUGAGGGUAUGCCGGUGUCAUCGGAUACUGUACCUACCAGAGAACCAGUUAUAAAUAGUGGAAAUUUAGUUGAAGGAAGCAGCACGACCCAUGUGGGGGAUACUAUCGAAAUACAAGCAGAUAUGUUUCAGUCGCAAUUACAACGAAUGGAAAAUAAUCCUAGCUGGAUGCACAAUCCAGUUGCAACGAGUACUUCGAAAGAAGAUAGAGAUAGGGAUAAGAAUGUAGUUAUUGUUGAAACUCCUAAGUUGGACACACCUGUUUUAAUUUCAAAGGAAUCAGUUACUGUUGAUAUUCCUAAGCCAGAUGCACCAAAUGCCUCGGACGUGAUGCCUGCUGGGCAGGUUAUUCAUCAUCCUGCGAGAGAAAUUCGUAAGAUAUCGCGACUUCCACCGAAUCUUGCGAAGAGACUGAUGAAAUGCGUUUCUAUAAAUUCGUCUAAACUGAAAGAGGCGGAUGUAGCAAAAGAAUCUAUUACUGGGAAAACGAGUGCAGAUGAUGUUCGCGCUCACAAUUCCCCCACACUAGUUCAAAUUUCUUCCAACGCAAGCAAUAGUAUAGAACAAAAAGAAAAUAUAAGAGGUAGUGAUAUGCAUGUUACCGCGAUACAAUCUGCUUUACCAAUAGCUGAACAUAGUAAUGAUAAACCUGUGGUAUUAGGACCGACAAAUGAAAUUUGUCGAAUAUCACAAUUGCCUCAAGCGACUCCAACUUCAGUUUCGGCUCAACAUACGGAAACAACCACUGCUUCGAAAUCGGAUGGAAAGGGAAGUAGUGCUAAUAGUUUAGAACGAUUCGCAGAAGGAUCUGUCGAAAAACCUGUCAAAGAAAUUCGUCGAAUAUCACAUCUCCCAACUGGCGUUGCCUUAAAGCUAAUGAAUUCUUUAAAACAGAGAAGUACUAGCUCAAAAAAAGCUAUUUCUGGGAUUGAACACUGUGAGCCACAGAUAGAUUCAAAAGUUGUACACGAACCUUGUGAAGUAAGGUCUACAGAAGCUCGUGAAUUGAUCAAGCCAUCUGAAAAUGCUGUUGGGAAUAUUACGACACAAUCUACUUUGGGUCCGGCAUCUUCAGUGGCAAACAAAACUCUUAAUUCAGCUUCGGACACAACAAUGAACCCAAACCGAAAGGUGGAAAUACUAUCACAGGUCAUACUUCCUUCGGCAUCUUACAAUCUGAGAGAAUUACUGGCAGGAAAAUCGGCUGAAAAAGUACCACCAGGCCAAAUGUCUUUCAAACUUCCGAUACCGAUCCGCAAUAGAAAUAGCACCUUAACAAUGCCAGUUCCGUUCAUUGACACGUGCAAACUUGAGAAGACAGAAGAUGACGGCAAAAACAUCGUGGCGACAAGUGAAUGUGAAGAACGAGAGACUGCCAAAAGUAAAACUGAAGAAUGUUCAUCUGAGGUUCCCGUGGAAGCAGCGUUGCUAAACCAAUCAACAGGAAGUUUGCAAGAAAACUCGGAAGAAAAUCUGAUAUCGAGAAAUAUAGCACACCAUAAGCCGCGAGUUGAUGAACCGCUUACGGGAUCAGUAGUGUCUAGUUCAACCAUUGUACCUGGAAUUCAUACAAUUUCUCGAGUCUGUAACGCGCAGUCCCCCUCCGUGUCCUUCAAUGUAACUUAUCCUCAAGCUGAGCAAUUUCAGCCUCACCAAUUGCAUAGUAUACCUUCAACAUCAAAAACUCACUUCGUUCCUGUGACCUAUCAUAUGCCUGGUUAUGUGAAACCGAAUUCUGGACCUUCCUUUUCAAGCGCUAUCCUGAAUCCACAGAUAAUGCCGACUCCAAACAUAGUAAUAAACCCAGCUAACUCGCAACAUUUAGAUAGACAACGGCGAACCUUUGCUCCAACACAGCUGGUGCUGCUUCAGGCUUCGAAUUCAGCAGUCCAUAAACAGUCCGCGCAACAUGUACCAGUUCCACACAUGAAUAUAAUUCAGAGACAUCAACAGUUCACCACAAAAAAUAAUCAGAUUGUAGUUCCUGCCCCGCGUUUGAUUGUUACACCGGGAUACAGUCAACAACCACAGCAGCACCAGCAACAACUUACACAACAAUCACCACGAUCGCCGAACGCACUAUGCGUUGUACCGACAACGAUUUCCCAAAAGCAUGCUUUUCAACCCAUUCAACGAACUUCUACUAUGCAAACACAGCAUCAACAGCAAUGUACAGAACAACAACCCGCACGUGUCAUCCCGAAAAUAGUCAUUGACAGUAGUUACGUUGAAAAUGAUCGACUUCAAGCUGCUGGAUCAAAUUCUUUGGCGCAGGGAGCUCCAGAGGGACAGGCGCUGCAGAACUUCUCACCUUGUUCACAGGCUAUUAAGAAUAAACUUCGUGAAAAGCUUCGCGCGAAAAUGCUCCAAUUGGAAACGACACCAGCGCCAGCUGCUACGUCUAGUACUCAUACCGAUCCGGAUCAACAAAAUACCUUAUCGCAGGCGACCCAACCUUCAAUUUUAGAAUCACCACGACAGUCAGCUUCGCGCCAGCGAGUUAUCUAUCAUCCCCAAGCUUCCACACAAUCCACUCCGGUAAAAACAAAUCGCCUUCAACCAACAAGUAAACCGAUUGAACAUAAUGCGCAAACAUUCUGCCCAAUCAAACAAUUCGUAUACGGGCAAGGUAAGAAAAUUUACCUGACAAAAAUCAGUGUUACUAAACCCGCACAUUCACAUCCGUCAACUUUAACGCAGUCGACGCUAAACCAAGCUAGUAGUAGCUCUACCAGCAUUCCGCUAUCUUUGAGGAAUCCAACUAAAAUGCAUCAGCUCUAUGAUGACACAUUCCACGGAUUUCCGCAAUCAACUAUCAACAGCGAACUUCGGGAGUAUGAACGUUUCCGUCAAGCAAUGGAACAUUUCGAACGUAAUUUGACCCCAGGACCUAUAGCGAGUGGUAGUAAAAAUAGAUUAGGACAGUUGCAUUCGACAGGUACCGAAAAUGCAGCUGGUGGAGAAACUUUUAUUAUUACGGAACUGGAUGAUACAGCUGAGACAAAUAUAUGUCGUCAAAUGAGGCAGACCGUGGUGAAACAUGAAAGCGGUAUGCCCCCAAAAAUCACCUAUCGACGGAAAACUUUCGUGCUGGGUGAUUCUGACUGUGAUAUUGAACCGGAACGGUUGCCACGAGUUGUCGAUAGUCCAACCGCUGCGAUGGAAAAAGGGAACGAAGAUGAAAAAGUGAAAGUUGAAGUUAAAACAGAAGAACCACACGAAAUUGGUAGCGCGCGGAAUUCUUCUACUUCAGAUGUAGACCUGAAGAACGAAUACUUUUCAGAAAGUGAACCGGAUGAGGAAUUAGCUCGGCAAAUUUUAGCGAUUGUGCAGAAAGAGCGGGCAAGUUUAAAAAUACCUCAGGCGACAAGGAAAACGAAAACGGUUAAAAAAAGAAAAAGGAAGCACAAACGACGCCGGCGGGAUAAGGACGCGAAUGAAAAGCUGGUUGAUUUGCUGAUGAAACAUGUGGAUCAUAAAUCAUUGAUUGCGGAUAUUGUAGCGGCACAACAGAAACAAAUAUCGGUUUUCGAGCUGUCGUCGACGGAUGAAGAAACACCACCCAAAAAGAUAGAAGAAGUAUGUUCUGUAAAACAGGAAAGAGAUGUUUGUGAAAGGCAACUGCACUCACCGGAAUUGGAUGCUUCAAGUGAUGCCAUGCUGUCGAAUUUUGAACAUGAUGAUUCGGACACGAAUAUUUUUACCGAGAUAUUGAAAUCAUUUGUUGAACAGAAGAGCGUGUCUCCGAGCAUAUCUCACAGCUACCAGAAUGAAACACUUCGUGAACUAGAUGAACCCGUGGAAUCUCAACCAGGAACUUCGGAGAUAAUUUGUUCAUUUGCAAAAAGCAGCCCCACAAAAGAAUUAAACUGUGAUAAAAGUGUCUCGCCAGUUAUAAAUCCACAAACAGAAACGGUGAAACAGUUUACCGCUCAAAAAGCAGUCAAACGAAAGCCGAAACCUUUACUCGUUGCUCGAGCUAAAGUUAGGAAAGUGGUUCUUCAUGACACCGCAGAUAACGAUAUACUGUUGAAUAAGGAUAACGUCGCCGACGAUGUGUCAGAUGACGUGGUUCCAGAUUCAAGUGAUCCAAUAUCAGAUCGUGAUGAAUCUGUUAUCAGCCAAGAGAUUAGUAUACGUGAAACUAAAACUGAACAAAGUCUGGAAGCGUCUUUUGACGAAAAACGUGGUUCGUCAAAACUUUUGAACCACAUUGGCACAGUUUCACCAUUGAUACGUGAAAUAGUUAAUGAAUGGGAUAGCUCGGAAGACAUAAACGAUGAACUGGACCAAACUAAAACAGUGGAGUUUGGAAAAAAUUCUGUGGACCAAAUUGAAGAUAUUCCAUUUCGACUAUCCAAGGAAGACCUAAAGCAACAACGGAAGCAACAACAAAUUGAUCCUAAAUUUUUAACUAUAUCAACGUCUAAUUUAACAGAACAUUCUUCGGAUAUGUAUAAAGCGUCUACUUCGUUCACAUCUAAGCCAAUUUCAGCGAGGAUAAAGGCACCAUUGAAACCAAUACUUAAACAUCGAGUUUCAGUUCCAGGCAAUUUACAAGAUCGUACCAUGAAAAAGCUUGUCGAAAUAAACACACCACAUAUUCCUGUAGCAGAAGUGACUCUCGAUGCCCGACAAAAUUUUGAUUCCCCUCCAAAAACAGGAAAUAGCGAAACACCCGAGGAUAGCGUUGAGAGUAUUUUGAAAGAUUGGGAUUCUCCUCAAAAAACACCAAAUGAUUCACCAAAAUUGUUACCAUGUGUGUUGCUCGAUAGAAACGAGUUAGAAAAAUAUCAGAACUCUUCUGAAGGGGUGAAUAUUACUCCUGCAAAGAUUGAAGUUAAGAAAGAAAUACUUAAGUGCCUAACUAGCGAAAAUGAAAAACAAAAUAUAACAUGCUACAACGCAUCUCCUGAUAAUGCAUCUAGCGAAGCCAAAUGCGAGAAACAAACUUCCACCGGUCGAGUUCUUCGUGAACGUCGAAAAGUUAUUGCAACUGAAAGGAUAGUCAUCAGAAAUGCGAAAAAUCGUUCUAAUAGUUGCGAACAAAAUUCCGUCAAGACUAGGGCAGAAAAUAAAGCAUUUUCGUCCGUAUCAUCCGCCGAACCACAUACUUCAAAACUCCGUGAAAAAUCUGUAUCGAUUGUUGAGAAUUACGACUCCACAUCUCAGUCGCAAUUGCAGACACCUGCUGGCAGGGUUUUGCGAAGCCGUUCAAAAUCUGUAUUUGUGGACAAAAAAACUUGUGCGAGCGUAUCCACUACAAUAAAGGCAACAGAGGUUCAGGAGAGUACUGAAAACAAACAACGAGUUGAACCUAAGCAACAACAGGAAAUGCAGCGAAUGGAGUGCAAAGGUCACAAAGAAGUGGAGGAAGCAGGGGGGAAAACUGUAGUCACAGAACACAAAGAAGAACAAAGACAACAACCAAUAAAACCUACCCCAUUUAUAUCCAAUCGUAUUCCAAUUCCGAUCUCCUCCGAAGACGAAGACGAUGCUUCGCUAGCCAAGCGACGCAAGGUGCUUCGAAAACGGCGAUCCACCUUACGAACGAACGCCGCUCGAAGAGGUCUAGAUGCAAAUCGUCGACUCUUUCAAAGUGUGCUCAAUAAUACUUCCUCCACUGCAGAUGAACCUGAACCAACGUCCACAUCAACAUAUUUCAUUAAAACUGAACCUGAAGACUUGCAAGAGUACGCCGAACAAUCCAUAUUGGACGAAUCAUUUGGACCCGCAUCGCAAGCUUUUCAAGAACCACCAACUGCGUUGGAAAAAGAAUUUUCCAUCUUGGAAGACACCCCGCUGGAUCAUCAUGAUGGAAACCAUCCAGUAUCUUCUACGGAACACAUAUUUGUCACUCCACAGCCGGUGAAAAAACGUAAGCGCCGUACAAAGGCCGAAAUUGAAGCUGAACGAGAGGCAAAGAUGCUGCAAAAAUCUCUACCAAAGGAAGCAAAAGGAAAUAGGAAACAGAAUAAGAUAUUAGAACCUCCGUUACCACUCAAUGAACCCUUUGAGCAGGAAGUAAUCUGCGCUAGUUGUACCCAGAAAAUACCAACAGUUGCAUGGCCCACACAUUAUGCCAUGCACAGUGGACUAACGUAUCGUGUGGGUAUUGAUCCAGCCCUAGAGUUUGAAGAUGAAGCUGUUGCGGUGCAGAUAGUAACUCGCUUUAUGAAAUCGCAUCGGCAAUUGACUGUCCAGUGCGACAAGUGUGGUGUUUCAAAAAAAUCUGCGGUGGGAAUGGUAUCGCAUCGAACGAUUUGCGGUCUGACAGCGGAGCAGAUUGAAAAGAGUAAGGUAACCUGCGAGCACUGUAAACGACGCAUGAUGGCGGUCAGUAUGUCGACACACCUGGUUGGUCAUUGUCCAGUGUUGAAAAAAAUCAAACAGGAGCAGGCACUGGCGGAGGCAAAGCAACGAGCGGCUGAAGAGGAAGAAAAUAAUACAGGAGUGGUUCUAAAUCAACGGGGACGUGCCAAGCGUAAAGCGACCACAAGAGCCGAAAAGAAAAUUCAAACACUCUCCUAUGGUGAUCUGAUUGUUCAGGUAACUAGACAUGCUGUAACCGAUGGAUGUGUGGCUGCCUGGAACACCCAGUUCAGGAAGGCCAACAAAGCAAAAUGUGUCUAUCAGGAUUGUGAAUUCACCGGCAGCGAGGAGGAAGAUAUGCGACAGCAUCAUCUGUCGUGCUCUUCGAUAAGUGAGCGAUUCGAAUGCAAAAGCUGCAAGUAUCAAGCGAAUAAGACUGCGCCAGUUAUGAAGCAUAUUAAACUGAAGCAUGCUGAUUCGAUCGCGUCUCAGUUCGAUAGCAGCGGGACUGAUGCUAAAAUUAGUUCAGAAUCAUCAGAUGAUGAAGGAACAUCUGGAGUUGAUGAAAAUCAUAUAACGGAUUAUUCAACAGGAGCGACGACUGGUGAUGAUGAUGGUACCGAAAAGAAAAAGAAAUCUAAAAAACGCUCGGUGAAGUUAGGUAUCCAUGGCCGAGAGCUGUUCAAUGAAGAAUGUGACGUUUAUCGGGAGAUGGUCUUGGAUGAAGUGAUUGAGCUGCGAUCACUGAAAAAGGAUAUGAGUUCAGCGGCGCGAGAAUGGACAUUGAAGUUUCGUCGUCUGUAUCACUCUCGAGAGAUGCUAUUUCCGGAAAUGCGACCAGAUUUGGAUGUUCGGUUGUUUUCAUUAGACGCAAUUUAUGACUACAUUCCAAAGUGCGCGAAAUCGUUGAGGUUUACCAUGCGCAAUACCAACCUAUAUAAUGCCCCGAUUCAAGUUAAUGAUUACAUGGAAAAGUGGCAACAAUUGGACACAUUUAGCGGUCAAGCCCGGGGUACUGACUCAAUGUUCUACUGUGGUGGGCCAGUUAUAGCUAUCGAUUGGGUCCCUGUUCCCGAAGGUCGUGAUAAACACGAACAUCAAAUCUUGGCAGUGGUUUGUAAAAACGAUUUCGAUGAGUAUCGUUUAGCGAACCGCACACAACCGUGCAAAUGUCUAAUACAAAUCUGGGAUUUGGGAUAUUUGAAUAACAACAGCCUUUCCGGGAAAGCCGAGAACUCUAUCCCCACGCUACUUUAUGCCAUUGCCUGUGACUUCGGUCCUGUAUGGUCAUUGAAAUUUUGUCCAAGUGGUUGCUAUAAUCUGGUGGAGGACGGAGAACCGUAUGAUCGACUUGGCUUAUUGGCUGCAACAGGAUCAGACGGGGACGUAUAUAUUUACUCUUUAAGUAAAGACUACCAUAAUUUGAUUACAAAUAAUCAUCGAAUUGUCAAACUGUGCCCAAUAUACCGGUUGACUCUGUCCUUAGCAGGCAAUUUGUGUAGCGAAUACGAAGGACACAGUGCUGUGAGAUUAUCAUGGACUAAAGGAAAAAAGCAUGCCAUAAUUGCAGCAGGACAUUCCAACGGAACUGUAGCAGUAUGGAAUCUCGACUCAAAAUCGCCACUGUUAAAGGGAACUAAGAAUGGACUUCCUGUUUCAUUUCCUAUUCAUCGAAUAUUCAUUCCGGACUCAUGCAUAACCGCUAUAGAUUUGCAUUAUACCGAAGAUAGUCGCUAUUUGUUGGUAUGCAAUGCCGAUCGAAAAAUUCAGAUUUAUGAUUUGAAGACUGGAUAUUCACCAGUUGAAGUCUGCAGCCUGAAUGCUCGGAGUAAAGUGACAGCAGCUAGUUGGAAUACUCAUUUUCCGGUAAUCGCACUGACCUUCGAUGAUGUAUAUGCGAUUGACCGAUGCGCGCUUACCUUUCACCAGCCGAGAGAGAUCGGUGUUAGGUUAAUUCCACUGUAUACUAUUACGGCCGAAGCUACCGACAUGAGUGGGAACGAUUGGCUUUCAAACUAUGUGAUAGGGACCGAUGGUGGUGAUGUACUAUGCCAUCAACCUACGGCGUAUGUGCAUCAUAUGGCACAGAAGUACAAUCAACAAACGAAAUACAUUCUAACAUCAACGAUGUCGGUUAAAAUUACAGACGAACAUACGAACACAUCGUACACUAUGUUCGAAAAUAAUUUUGGAUUGCUUUUCUCGGAUAAUGAUAAAAAUCCUCAAAAAAUGGAUCUCAAAUCGCUGCAGGUGAAAUCGUACCGACGCGCGUUGCUCCACGAAUAUCCAGGAAUCCGGGUUAAUCAGGUCCGCUGGAAUCCGAACGAGCAGUCACACCAGUACUACGCAGUCGGUUAUCAGGCAGGUUUUGUACGAGUACGCGGUUUUCGACUGAAGUGAUUGGUAUGGGUUUCUUGAUAUAUGAAACUACAAGUUUUAUUGGAUUUCCUUGCAAUCACGACAAAUUUGAACUCGAACGAGCAAUUUGUGUCAUUUUUAUUAUAAUUUACUGUACAGAGAAAAAAACCAAACAAAAUACUAGUGAAAAACCUAAAAUCGAAUUUUGCUCGAAGGAAAGUAUACCGAACGUAUGGUUUUGAUGUACUUGCCACAUGCACACACAAUAUCCUUAAAAGGGUAUCUUUAAUUUAUUUUAAUCAAAAAUAAGAAAACUUCGAAUGCAUCGUUUUUGCUGCAAUAUAAGUAUGUUUUGUUUGUCGA